AUGAAGCUCCGGUACGCUCUCCCGCUGCUCUUGCAGCUCUCUUUGCCGGUCCUCUCCGCAGACACCGCCGCCUGGAGGUCCCGCACCAUCUACUUUGCCCUGACAGACCGCAUCGCUCGUGGAAGCGGUGACACGGGGGGCAGUGCGUGUGGGAACCUGGGGGACUACUGCGGUGGCACGUUCCAGGGCUUGGAGAGCAAGUUGGACUACAUCAAGGGCAUGGGAUUCGAUGCCAUCUGGAUCACACCUGUUGUGACGAACAGUGAUGGGGGCUACCAUGGCUAUUGGGCGGAGGACAUCGACUCCAUCAACUCUCAUUAUGGCUCUGCGGACGAUCUCAAGAGUCUCGUCAACGCCGCGCAUAGCAAGGGCUUCUAUAUGAUGGUGGACGUCGUGGCCAACCACAUGGGCUACGCCAAUAUCUCUGACGAUAGUCCCUCUCCACUGAACCAGGCCUCGUCGUAUCACCCCGAGUGUGAUAUCGACUACAACAACCAAACCAGCGUCGAGAACUGCUGGAUCAGCGGCCUCCCGGAUCUCAACACGCAGAGCUCAACCAUCCGCAGCCUCUACCAGGACUGGGUCUCCAACCUCGUGUCCACGUACGGCUUCGACGGCGUCCGCAUCGACACCGUCAAGCACGUCGAGCAAGACUACUGGCCCGGCUUCGUCAACGCCACCGGCGUCUACUGCAUCGGCGAGGUCUUUGACGGAGACCCAAACUACCUGCUGCCCUACGCCAGCCUCAUGCCGGGCCUGCUCAACUACGCCAUCUACUACCCCAUGACGCGCUUCUUCCUCCAGCAGGGCUCCUCGCAGGACAUGGUCAACAUGCACGACCAGAUCGGCAGCAUGUUCCCCGACCCGACCGCGCUCGGCACCUUUGUCGACAACCACGACAACCCGCGCUUCCUGAGCAUCAAGAACGACACGGCCCUGCUCAAGAACGCGCUGACGUACACCAUCCUCUCGCGCGGCAUCCCCAUCGUCUACUACGGCACCGAGCAGGCCUUCUCGGGCGGCAACGACCCGGCCAACAGGGAGGACCUCUGGCGCAGCGGCUUCAACGCCCAGUCCGACAUGUACGACGCCAUCUCCAAGCUCACCUACGCCAAGCACGCCGUCGGCGGCCUCGCCGACAACGACCACAAGCACCUGUACGUCGCCGACACGGCCUACGCCUUCAGCCGCGCCGGCGGCAACAUGGUGGCCCUGACCACCAACAGCGGCAGCGGGAGCUCGGCCCAGCACUGCUUCGGCACGCAGGUGCCCAACGGCCGCUGGCAGAAUGUCUUUGACGAGGGCAAUGGGCCGACGUAUUCCGCCGACGGCAACGGCCAGCUUUGCUUGAAUGUGUCCAACGGUCAGCCCAUUGUCUUGCUGUCUUCGUGA